AUGGCCUCGGUUUCUGCACCUCCUCCUCGCGGCUCGGAUAAUGUUCGAUCAGGAGACCGCGGCAACCCAACCCGUGCUGUGAAUAGAGGUCGUGGAGGCGUACGAAAUGGGCCGUCGCGCAGGCGCGGGGCUGGGAGUGGAGGCGGCGCUGCCGGGAGUGUCGGCGGACAGGGCACGACUUCAAGCGUCAUCGCUCCUGCUCCUACGCCGAAACCAGAACCCAAAGUCACGACCACGCCUGCACCGGCUGCUACGAACGCGAAGAAUGCGCAGACUCCGUCCGUCGCGAAACCGUCACCCGCUUCCGCCCGUCCUGGCCGCAAGAACGGCAAUCUGCCUCAGCCGAAGGCUCCGGCGGUCAACGUAAUGCCCGCCUCGCCUAACGUGGACAAGGCGGCUACCACGCCUAAGAGACCACGCAAUGAGCGAAGACCCCGGAACAAGCCUUCCGGGUCAGCCAAAGCCGUAAAUGGCAGCGCCGCUACCCCAAAGUCCGUGAGCGGCAAAGGCCCUGCAGCGUCUGAGCCCGUCACACCUGCUGUCGAAGUAUCGAAGGACGGGCCUCCACAUGUCACUAUCGCUCCUGUCAUCGAGGUGACCAAGGAUGCGCCUCCGCACCUGGCAGCCCCUGCGCCAGACAAGCCGAAUAUGACUAUCAAGACCUCUGGCAUCGACUCGCUCGUCGAUCACGUCAGGCAUAUGGCCAUGGAGCGUCCCAUCACCCCAGGUAGCGCUAGCCAUAUCGACUGGGCUGGCGACGAUGAGGACGAUACGCUGCCGGAUCUCGACGACUGGGGUGUUCCGUCGGCCUCUACGACGAGUACGGGCGGCCUCGACAAGCUCAUGUCGCCAAUUCUGGACGACAGCCUCAAGCAGCUGCCCACGCAGAUCAAGACCCCGCUGUUGACUGCCUCCGGGCUCUCGCCGUCUAUUGGCUCUCUCAAGGACGAGCUCAAGACCGAAAAAUCACCGGAGCAACACACAAAGGCACCCCCACCAGCUAUCGACAUUACGCCUUCGCUUGCCACCUCGCCAUCCGCGCCAUCCUCACUCGCAACCACCGCGAGGCCAGCACACAACCCCGUCGUGACAGAUGUCUCCACCCUGAACACCAGCCAUUCCGACUCAUCCAUUCCUGCCGCCCCGCACAGUGCUCCCGCCUUCAAUGCAACUCACGCUCGAUCCCGAACACUUGGCCGUCCUGGAAAUAUGGGUAUGAAUGGUGUACCACAUCGCCAGUUCCAUUCGGGUUCUACUACACCAAGUCACGGGCCACAAGCCCGUCACGGAAGGACCCAGAGUACACCACCGAGCGCAGGCGGUCCUGCGCGCCAUUCUCGACAGGGCAGUCGUCCUGUCAUAGCAGGCACGGCACUUGCUCAGAUCGCUAGGACGCUUGGAGGUGGGGGCUCUGCACUGAAGCGCGAAGCCGCGACCGCCACUCCACCUUGA